AUACUCUCUUCCGUUUCCUCAGCAAAAACCCUCCUUCUCAAUUCAACGCUCUACAGUGUCCUCUUCUUCUCCUCUCCUACCUUCCACCUCCACUAAAUACUGAACAAAAGCUCCACCUUUCGUCUCUCGUUCUAUAAAGAUCUUUGCUUGAAGGAGGAGGAGGAGGCGCUAGAAGAACACUAAAGCUCUUUAAUCUAUCAUCGUAUAUCAAGAAAGACUUUACUUUGGCAGACAUGGGCUUAAGCUAUCAGUGCGCUUCUUCCAUCCUCCUUUGUUCUGAAGACAACAGCAGCAUCUUCGGCUUUGAAGAAGAAGAAGAAGAGGUUGAAAGGCAUUGGUCUGAUUGCCGCCCUCUGCAAAAAAACUGCGACUUUUAUAGAGAUUUCUUGAUGGAUUUUCCCUUGCUAUCAGAUGACUGCGUGCGCUUGCUGCUACAGAGAGAGUUAGAGCAUCUGCCUAAGGAGGACUAUGCCAAGAGGCUGAUGAACGGGUCUUUGAAUGUUUCCAUCAGAAGCGAUGCCAUCGAUUGGAUGCUAAAGGUUCAUGCCUAUUACAAUUUUGGACCUUUGAGUUCUUAUCUUUCUGUUAAUUUUCUGGAUCGAUUUCUUUCUUCAUAUGAGCUCCCUCAAGGAAAGGCCUGGAUGACUCAGUUGUUAUCAGUAGCUUGCUUAUCUUUGGCUGUCAAAGUGGAGGAGACUCAAGUCCCUCUAUUGCUUGAUUUGCAGGUGAGUGAGGCCAAGUUUGUCUUUGAAGCUAGAACCAUCCAGAGAAUGGAGCUCUUAUUGCUAAGCACUCUCAAAUGGAGGAUGCACGCCGUGACGCCUUUCUCCUUCAUAGAUUACUUCCUUCAUAAGCUCAAUGAGGGCAAUUCCCCAUCCAAGCUAUCAUUAUCGCAAUCUGUGGAGCUCAUUCUUAGCACCAUUAGAGGGGUUGAUUUCCUAGAAUUCAAACCUUCUGAAAUCGCUGCAGCCACUGCACUAUCAGUAAUGAUUGAAGCCCAAACAAUGAAUGUUGAGAGUGCGAUUACUUGUUGCUGCAAUGUAGAUAAGGAGAGAGUGCUAAAAUGCUAUGGAGUGAUGCAGGAGGAGAUACUGAUAAGUAGUUCAACACUCAAGUAUGGGAUGCCAUCAGUUCCUUCUAUGCCACAGAGCCCAAUUGGAGUUCUGGAUGCUGCUUGCCUGAGCUAUAAGAGUAACGAAAUGAUUUCUGAAUCUCAGCCAAGUUCUCAUCACUCUUCUCCAGCUGCAAAGAGAAGGAAACUAAGCAGAGCUUCCAUUUCAUGAUGGUGAGAAGAGAUCUCUUUUCAGGUUUUGUGCUGAUUUAAUUGUGAAGAGGCUUUGAUCUAUAUGGCUAUUAAGUUUACUUUGAAAGUGAGAAUUUUUUGAAGGAGCCUGGAAGAUUCACAAAAGGGGCUUAUGGAUAAAGCUUGGAAAGAUUAAAUAGUAUGAAAAUUGAGAAUAAAUGGAUGUGAUUGGAUUAUUUGUCCAUGUUCUGAAUAUAAAUAGGGAUGCCAACAACUACUAUAAUGAUAAUGGGGAGGGGAUGGUGUUGUAUGUGUGCCAGGAAGAUAAUAGUGUGAAAGAGUACUUGUUAUUUUUCAGUUUAUAUAUAUCUAUAUAUAUUUUUUGAGAGAAAUUAAAACGAUUUUCUUUGGAUAUGAACUUUGCAGCAAUAAACACUGAAAGAAUGAGUACUACUUGUUUA